GGUAUAAGUCAUCAAUUUCCACAGGUCUAAGAAGUGUCACUCGUGACUCUAUGCCCGAGAACGCCUGACGUCUUCUACAGGCAUGAGAUCUUGACAAGGCCUAGUCUGAGCGGUAAGAUUCAAACUGGUGACUCCACAACCAAUAUCUCGAUAUCAUUCGUCAACGAGCCAUUUCUGAUACAAUUUCCAUGACCUAUCAACACUGAAACAGAAGAUAUGUUCGAUCAUUAUGAUGCGGCCGCUCGAGAAGGAGAUAAUUGUAAUUCAACAAACGAGAGCACACUUGAACGAUAGUUCCUGGAUAGGCAAGGGCCCCGAAGAAACUCGAUCACUUGUUACCACGUUUGACAUAGCACUUGACGGGUUUCAGGCGUUAUUCAAGGGUCUGAGAAAAAGCAUUGGUAGAAACCCUCUCUUUUCCAAGGUGGAUGUGUCUUUUGCUGGUGUGAUCUGUGUUGCCAGCGAGAAGGGAGUCAACCUGCCAUGGACUAUGCAAGAGAUGAGCGAUGGCGUUCAAACUUGGUUUCUGGUGGUUCAACAAACUAUAGGUGUUAAUUCGAUUGUCGGACCACUAGAAAUGUUUUGUAUGUUUGCGUAA